UUUUUGUCUCUUAAAUUGUCUCACCCAUAAAUUGUGCUGAAAAUGCCCCCAAUCACUCUUUAUAGGAUGUCACCAUUUGUAGUUCAUGGUUCAAUUUACCUUGCUGAAUGAUUUGUAGAGUUUUUUAGUAAAAUUGAUGUUUUUUGAUUAAAUAUGAUUAAAAUUAUAAAAAAGAUGAUUAAAAUUGGUGUUGGGAUCUACAAUUUUUCUGCAUUACCAAAAACUGCUGCAAACCUGAAUUUUUUGUCUUUUGUCCCUAUUUUAGAAUCAACGCCAUCAAUACAAAAAAACGAAGGAGGCAACAACUGAACUUCAGUGCUAUUGGACUAGAGAAUGAAUUUUUCCCUCACAAGGUCACAAAAUCUGCUGCAGAAAAGACUAUGUUUGGGGGUACUUUUUCAAGACUUAAAGGCCUCAAUGAAGAUAUUAGUACCAUAGAUGAAGAUCCAUUUAGUGACUCAGACCCAAACACAGAUGAUGAAGAUUCAUAUAGUAGCUCCAGUGCAAGCUUAGAUUCCAGUGAUGAUGGAAGCAGUGACUCAAGUACAGAUUCAAGUACUGAUAAAUGUGCCACCUUGACAUCAGCAAAGGAAACAUCAAUAUUCAUUGCCCAACUUAGUAGUGAAGAUGAUGAAGGACUGGACAAAGAAGAGGUAGAUGAAAUCCAUCAAACACUACAUCAUUCUAGAAAUUUAGACAUCGAAGAUCAGAGUCUGUUAGCUGGUUUGACUGAUCUUGACUUGAACAGGACAUUUAUUUUUAAAAGCUGUGACAAAGCUAACUCAAUGGACCUUGAAGAAAGCCUUGAUGACCAAGUCCCACAAAUUCAAGCUUCUGCAAUUGCAAAUGCCACUGAAAUAAAAAAGAAAGCAUCAGAUGCGUUGACCAUGCUUUUUCCAGUGGAUGGUGCUGGUGAGGCUUACAGGCUAAGCCAACAGCAGAGAGUGAUUGUAUCUGUGGAAAAACUCAAAGAACUGAAAGGUAGAAAAUGCCUUCAUGUUCUGGAUAAUGGAUCUGUCUGCCAUGGAGUUUUAGAUUAUGCACACUUAAGAUGGUGCUGUCCUUACAAACACAGUGGCUUAUGGAUCAGUUUUCUGUAG